UCCCCCUCCCCCCCCCCCGAGGACGGCCCUGCUGGGAGCGUCGCCUGGCCGUCGGUCGGCGGAGGGAAAUCGGCUGCGCCACGACGAGGCUGAGGCCUACUCGACGGGAGCCGCCGGGCGCGGGAGCGGCGCUGCGGCCUAGCUGGGCCUACUGGCGGUCUGGGAGAUAACCCGGUAAAGCACGAAGAUGUCUCUUCAUGACACGCAAGCCUCGACCCUUCUUGCCUGGGUGAACAGCUUGAAGCUGGAAGACGCCCUGAAUUCUCUGUCUCAGCUCCAGGACUGCAGAGUCUUCAUCAAGAUCAUCAAUAGAAUCCAUGGCACAGAAGAGGGACUGGCUGUUCUGCAGCAGGGGCUGCCUGAGCGGGUUGCCUACAUCAGUAGCUUCCUCGAGAAGUGUUGCAAGCACAGAUCUGCCACCCGCAGCCUGGUUUCAGAGGAGAAGCUUUUAGCCGGGGACGAACUGGAAGUAUCCAAGGUGGUCAUGCUGCUGCUCUAUCAGGCUUCCAUGAGUGACAAGAUUCCUCGGGAAUGGAGCGCAGUCGAGUACGACAUUCAGGCAGAGAUGGCGAAGUUCCUGAACUUCAUGCUGUGCAACGAAGAGUGCCUCGGUGAGAAUCUGGAGAACUUUCUUCGAAAGAAAACCCCUCACCCCUCAGGCUUCUCCGGCUCCAGCAGCAGCUCAGAGGAAACUACGCCGCAGAAGUCAGAGGUGCACUUCCUGAAGCUGCAAAAGAUCGCCUCAUCCUCCAGCCUCCAGAAGUCCUCUCCCUCCCCCAUGGGUGACAUCAUGCAGACGCCCCAGUUUCAGAUGCGGAGGCUGAAGAAGCAGCUGGAGGCUGAGAGGGAGAACCGGGAUGACCUGGAGCGUGAACUGGCGGAGAAUCGCAAGCUCCUUGAUGAGAAAGAUACACAGAUGCUGGUCAUGAAGCAGCGGAUCGACCGCCUGACUCGACUCGAGAGACAAGCGGCUGACCAGGUGGAGCCCAAGGAGUUGGAGGAGCUCCGAGAGAGGAACGAAAGUCUCCUCAUGCGCCUGCACGAGGCCUUGAAGCAGUGUCAAGAUCUGAAAACCGACAAGGGCCAGACGGACCGGAAAAUGAACCAGCUCUUGGAGGAGAACGGAGAUCUCUCUUUCAAGGUAGCAGACAGGCUCCAGCCUCUCCAUUUGGGGGCCGGGGUGGCAGCAAAGGGUCGGGGUGGAUGUUGGACAGGCUGCUUUCCCCUUAGGAAAUGGCAGGGCUGUCUGAAUUCUGGGCUAGAACAGAAACAUUGCUUCUUGGAUGGGAAUUCAAGUAACCUUUUGUUCUCUUGUAGUUUCAGGGCAAUUCUGUUGGGGUUAGAGGACAGAACCCACAGGGGUUUUAGCAAAGGGGAUGUUUCUUGCAGGGCUGUCAUGAAUCCUGCAGGUUGGAGCUCUGAGGCCUUCGUGAAGUCAGAUUCAAGAGGAGCCUGCAAGGAGGAGCCUGCACAGACCUUGGAGCUCUGUCCUGUCCUUUCACUAAGCCCCAUGGGGUGGUUUUGCCAGCAUCUGUGGGCUGGGGGAGCAUUGGGGGGGCGGGUAGCAGAGCAGUGGGGAGAGGAGGGACCUGGGAUAACUGCUCUUCCCCUUCCCCCCCCCCUUUUCCAGGCAGAGGAGCUGAAACAGAAGCUGACUCAGCAAGAUAAAACCAGCCGAGCCCAGCAGCAGAAAACCAAGGUGCGUGAGCAGGAGCUCCAGAAGGAACUUGAUCACCAGAAGAAGAAGAUGGCCGACCUCCAGGAACAGCUGGACCAAAAGGAACAAGCUGCGGAGCAUUAUAAAGCCCAGAUGGAGAAGGCCAAAACGCACUAUGACUCCAAGAAGCAGCAGAACCAGGAGCUGCUGGAGAAGCUGAAAGGGCUGGAGCUGCUGGAGAAGGAGAACUCCAAGCUGAAGGCGGAGUCGGAGCGCCUGGCCCAGGAGCUGCAGCGCACCGUCCUGCAGGCGAAGGAGUCGGAGCUCAGCUGCAAGAACCUCACAAGCCGGGUCCGCGCCUUGGAGACACAGGUGGAAUUUGCCGAUCACCAGCUGAGGGAGCAGGGCAAGUUCCGGGUGGCCACAGACACGCUGAAGCAUCGCGAGACCUUCCGGCAGAGCCCAGCAGACAUCAGCACGGACAGCCUGGACCUGAGCCCCAGUGACCAAGCGCAGCCCCUCAACUCCACCAGGAAGACCCGCCGUUCCCUGUCCGAAUCAGGGGCAGCAGAACCACCCAAAGCAUCGCAGCAACUGCCCCGCAAAGUGGAGUCCUUGGAGAGCCUCUACUUCACCCCCAUCCCCACCCGGACACGGUCCAAGCGAGGGAACAGCAUCAGUUCCGGGGGCGACAUUUCCUUUGAGUCAGGCCGGAAGACGCUCUCCGCUCGACGGCGCACCACACAGGUGAUCAACAUCACUCUGACCAAGAAACAUCUCGAGCCGGAGACCCCCAACAGCACCGACGCCUCUUUCCUCAGCAUGCAGUCCUCCGGGUCGCAGGCCAGUGCCCCCAGCCAAGAGUCAGUCAAGACCCGCCUGCGUUCGGUCGCCGCCUCUUCCUCCACCCGCUCGCUGGCUAGCCUCCCCUCUCAGGAAUCCCUCGCCAGGCUCAGCGCCUCUUCCCCCGACGACUCCGCAGGCCACGCGGCGCUGAUGAGCCUGCCGGGCUACCGUCCCGCCACCCGUCGUUCCAUGAGGCACUCUGAGGCUGGAGGGGCAAGUGCUGGCGGUCGCAGCAGCCUGUACUUGGGUACUUGCCAGGAUGAGCCGGAUCACCUGGAUGAGUGGAACCGCAUAGCUCAGCUGCAGCAGCGCAACAGGGUGUGUCCGCCUCACCUGAAGACCUGCUACCCAUUGGAGUCCAGAUCAACCCAGUCACUGACCACCAUCACAGACGAGGAGAUGAAGACCGGAGACAAAGAGACCCUCCGGCGUGCCAGCAUGCUGCCCUCUCAGAUCGCGGAGGGCCCCACUACCCGCCGCAGCACACUUAGUGCCGCCUGGUUGGCUGGAGGGGUGGCCACUCGGCAACAAAGGAAGCGCUCCUCGAAUGAGCCCCCGCAGGGGCUGGGGACCCCAGAGUCCAAGAAAUCUGCCAGCUGUUUCCCACGGCCCCAGACCCCCAAGCAGCGGAACGAGGAGCUGAAGCGCAGCUCCCUCGCGGGAGGGAAGAAGGGGGCAGCCCGGGCAGCUGACAAACAGACCGAGGAGGAGCCAGUCGGCCAUGCUCAGCAUCCCCAACACUGCAGUUGGGAAAACAGGCCUCAUGCCUCGGGGCCAACCGGAAAGUGACGCCUAAAAAUUCCCCCCGGGGCAGCAGCCGGAGGUCCCCCAGGACAGCUGUGUCUCCCAAGGGCAAGGCGAACUCCAAGUCACACAAGAGUUCAAAAUUCUAACUCCAUCUUCCCCGGCUGAAAAGGCCCUCCUGUCCCACGUUCUCCCUGAGGGGAGGGAGCCGGGUGUCGCUGCCCCCCCAGCCGUCCCCAGAAGCCUCCCCCUCCCUCACUCCUCACCAGCGGGCCGCUCUCCCUUCAUGCUCUGGCGAGGCUGGAGGGACCCGGACAGCUCCCUCCUGCAGACGCCGGCCCCUGCCUGGGCCACCCCGCUCUGUUUAAAACGGGACGGCUUCUACAGUCAUUCCAGACUCCACCUUGCUGUCUGGAGGGGAAAUUCUGCACCCUCUUCCCCGCUUAAGUGCGCAGGUGGAGCAGGGCAGCAGGGUCAAUGGGGGGAGGGAGGGCGGCUUUUGCCAGCUGCUGAUGCUGCUCCCUCGGCAGAGCUCCUCAAACACCGGUGAAACAGACUCUUCCCUCCACCCCUCAAACAAUAAUAACACCUUCCUGGGGUGAGGAAGGUCUUAGCAGUUGAACCCACUCGCCGCUGGACUUUUCUAGCGCUUCUGUGAAGUGGGGAGACUCUACCUCCACCAAGCACCUCACCCCCGCCUCCUCCCUUUGUAAUUUGGCAAGGUUGCAGCUCCAGCCAUGCAGCGCUCUCUUCCCAGACAUGCCCUCCCCCCACCACCCGCGGGAGUGAGAGCUGGCUCGGGACAUCCAGGAACCCCCGGAGGAUGGCAGCUUUCUGGCCAAGGCUCCAGCAGAUGUCCUUCGGGUGGCUUUGGGGAAAACUAAGCCUCCCGGUCUUACAGCUGCCGGGUUUCAAGCUUCCCUGGGACCGGUCAGCAUCAUCGGAGAUCCGGGACGGCAAGCAAAGAGGUCCAUCUUCCUGCAGCAGCUUGGAAGGUCGUGUGGCAGCCGCUGCCCCCAAAGACCUCCUCAUCCCACAGGCAAGAGAGAACCAGCCUGGGCGAACCCCCUUUCCUCGACUCUGCAGGCUCUACUUAGCUGUGUUGCUUUGUAUUGUACUCUGUAGGCACAGGUGUGUGAGUGGGGGGAGGUGGAGAGUUCGCCGCAGUGUCCCUCCUGGAUGGGGCAGGGGCGCCCGCGGAAAGAGAGGGCAUGUCCGCAGGGGAGCUCACCCUCGCCUUGAGGGCAUGGGCAGGCUCAGGGCCAGAGCCAAGGCCUCUUGCUGCCCCUGGUGGCACAUGGCAUUCAGCGCCACAGCUCCUGGGAAGACCACGGCCCCCUCCCUGCAGGGAGUCGUCCGCUGUCGUGCUAGUCUGCAGCUGCCUCCCCUGCCUUCUCGCGUCGGGCUGCCUGUUUGUUUCCGUAAAAAGCUGGGGGAAAGAGGAGCCAGAGGCAGCAGCCGAGGAGACCAAAGCACCGAUUCCAGACGGAUCUCGUCCCCUGCCAAGCCAUAGGAGAUUCCGAGCCGAGUUGGCUCCCUUGCCGGCUGCCACAAAAGAGGGCGAUGUGAAAAAUAUUCCCCAAGUGGGCCCCUUGGGGAGGGACACUGCCGGAGGGUGGCCCCCACUAGCAGCCUUCUAAUACUCGCCUUUGUAGAGAGUUUAGCAAUCAGAAUGUGUCAUUUUAAAUAAUAAAAAUGUUUCUACUUGUAAAUAAAUGUUAUUUUUCUCCCAAUAA